AGAAGUAAAUAUAAACAGUGAACUCUCAUCUGCAGUAGUUUGGUAAACACAGGUCCUGAGUGCACAGCCUGGAUCAGAGAGUUCGUGUUUAAAAUCCAUUGUUUAAUUUGGAUUAAACACAGUGGACUCGAUGUUUUGAUGGAAACAGAUCCGUGUCGCUCUGCCCCUUUAACCCUUCAACCCCGCUCCGCUCCUCGUCUCUCUCUCUCUCCCCCAUCUAUCCGCUUUGUGUUCACCGUCGCUCCUCCGAUCAUGGCUGCUCACUCCACCGAAGAACCGUUCCCCUUCCACGGGCUGCUCCCCAAGAAAGAAACCGGCGCCGCGUCUUACCUCACCAGGUUCCCUGAGCACGAUGGCCGAGGGGUGCUCCUCGCGAUCCUCGACACCGGCGUGGACCCCGGGGCCCCCGGCAUGCAGGUCACAACAGAGGGGAAGCCAAAGAUCAUUGAUAUCAUCGACACGACAGGCAGCGGUGACGUGAACAUGACCACAGUGGCAGAACCUAAAGACGGGACAAUCGCAGGCCUUUCUGGCAGAACGCUUAAGAUUCCUCCUGCUUGGGUCAAUCCAUCUGGGAAGUAUCGCAUUGGAGUUAAAAAUGGCUAUGAAUUCUUCCCUAAGGCUCUUAAAGAAAGAAUACAGAAAGAGCGAAAGGAGAAGAUAUGGGACCCACCACACAGAGCGGCGCUUGCUGAGGCCUCCCGAAAGACAGAAGAGUUUGACCUUUCUCACCCAACACCCUCACAGAUGGAGAAGUUGCAGAAAGAAGAGCUGCAGAGUCAGUCAGAGCUGCUGGCAUCUCUAGAAAAGAAGUACAGCGAUCCUGGUCCUGUAUAUGACUGUGUGCUUUGGCAUGAUGGAGUCACAUGGAGGGCUGUUGUGGACACUUCAGAAUGUGGAGAGCUGUCCCAGUGCACUGUGCUGUGCUCCUACAGAGAGACUCAAGAAUACGCCACAUUAGGAAAUGCUGAGAUGCUUAACUACUCUGUUAAUAUUUAUGAUGAGGGAAAUACACUCUGCAUUGUCACCAGUGGAGGGGCUCAUGGGACACACGUGGCAAGCAUUGCAGCAGGUUACUUCCCAGAGGAACCAGAGCGCAAUGGUGUGGCCCCCGGUGCCCAAAUCCUGGCUUUGAAGAUUGGAGACACCCGCCUUAGCACCAUGGAAACAGGAACAGGACUCAUCCGUGCCAUGAUUGAAGUAAUCAACUACAAGUGUGACCUGGUGAACUACAGCUAUGGAGAAGCAACUCAUUGGCCCAAUUCAGGGAGGAUUUGUGAGGUGAUCACUGAGGCUGUCCAGAAGCACAAUGUGAUAUUUGUCUCAAGUGCAGGAAACAACGGCCCUUGUCUCUCUACUGUCGGCUGCCCAGGGGGAACCACUAGCAGUGUCAUAGGAGUUGGAGCGUAUGUGACUCCAGAUAUGAUGGUGGCAGAAUAUUCUCUAAGGGAGAAACUACCACCUAACCAGUACACUUGGUCGUCCAGGGGCCCCAGUACAGACGGGGCCCUGGGGGUCAGCAUCAGUGCCCCAGGUGGUGCCAUUGCAUCUGUACCCAACUGGACUCUUCGUGGUACCCAGCUGAUGAACGGGACGUCCAUGUCAUCACCUAAUGCCUGUGGAGGCAUUGCAUUAAUCCUCUCAGGGCUGAAGCAGAACGGGAUCCAGCCCUCUGUACCUGCGGUGAGGAGAGCGCUGGAAAAUACAGCUCUGAAGGUUGAUGACAUUGAGGUUUUUGCACAGGGCCAUGGAAUAAUCCAGGUGGACAAGGCAUUAGACUACCUCACUCAACACGCCUCUUUACCCACGAGCCACCUUGGCUUCUCAGUAAGCGUGGGAACACAGAGAGGCAUCUACCUCAGGGACCCAGGCCAAGUUCUUGCACCUUCAGAUCAUGGAGUAGGAAUUGAACCCAUCUUCCCAGAGAACACAGAAAACUCUGAGCGAAUCUCCUUGCAGCUGCACCUGGCGCUCACAUGUGCUGCCCCUUGGGUCCAGUGUCCCUCGCAUCUAGAGCUGAUGAACCAGUGUCGUCACGUCAAUGUCCGCAUCGAUCCUGUCGGACUGAGAGAGGGAGUGCACUACACAGAGGUGUGUGGCUACGAUACAGCAGCACCGAGCUGUGGCCCACUGUUCAGAGUUCCCAUCACGGUUAUUAUCCCGGCCAAAGUGACAGAUAAUCGUAAUCAGGAGGUGUGUUUCACAGACGUCCACUUCAGACCAGGUCAGAUCAGACGCCACUUCAUCACCGUUCCUCAGGGAGCCUCCUGGGCAGAGAUUACACUGACCUCUCAUUCAGGAGAUGUGUCAUCAAAGUUUGUUCUCCAUGCUGUGCACCUGGUCAAACAGAAAGCGUACAGAGCUAAUGAAUUCUACAAGUUCUCUUCACUAUUGGAAAGAGGCUCGUUAACAGAGGCUUUUCCUGUGUUGUCAGGUCGGAUAGUAGAGUUGUGCAUUGCUCGCUGGUGGGCAAGCCUGGGUGACGUCACAGUAGACUACAGCAUCUCCUUCCAUGGACUCAGCACAUCUCCCUCACCUUUGCACAUACAUGCCUCAGAGGGAGUGACGAAUUUUGAUGUGUCGUCACCUCUGAGGUACGAGGAGGUUUCGCCCGCUAUUACCCUCAAGUCCUGGGUUCAGCCUCUCAGACCUUUAAGUUCAAAGAUAAAAGCUUUGGGAAUGAGGGAUGUUCUACCCAAUAACAGACAACUCUACGAGAUAGUCCUCACCUACAGUUUUCACCAGCCUAAGAGUGGAGAGAUUACCCCCAGCUGCCCCAUGCUGUGCGAGCUGCUGUAUGAGUCUGAGUUUGACAGUCAGCUCUGGAUGCUGUUUGAUCAGAACAAGAGACUACUGGGCUCAGGAGACGCCUAUCCACACCAGUAUUCCCUGAAGCUGGAAAAAGGGGACUACACUGUGCGACUGCAAGUUCGCCACGAGCAGUCCAGUGAGCUCGAGCGACUUAAGGACCUACCAUUUGUGGUGUCUCACCGUCUGUCCACCACCCUCAGUCUAGAUGUGUACGAGACGCAUCGAGCCGCCCUCAUGGCCAAGAAGAAGGCCAACUCUGUCACCCUGUGCCCCGGUGCCACUCAGCCUUUCUACGUCACAGCCUUGCCAGAUGACAAGAUCCCUAAAGGGACGAGUCCAGGUUGCUAUCUCUCAGGCUCCCUUGUUGUCCCCAAGAGCGAGUAUGGCAAGAAAGCAGGGCAGGCCUCUGCAAAACGACAAGGAAAGUUUAAAAAGGACAUCGUACCAGUCAUUUACCAUCUAAUUCCUGCUCCCAACAAAACAAAGAAUGGAGGGAAGGAGAAGGACAAGGAGGCCGACAAAGAGAAAGAUGUGAAGGAUGAAUUUGCAGAAGCCAUGCGGGACUUGAAGAUUCAGUGGAUGACAAAGUUGGACUCCAGUUCUACCUAUGAAGAACUGAUGGAAAACUACCCAGAUUACCUUCCAAUGCAUGUGCAAAGACUGCACCAGCUGGACUCAGAGAAGGAGCGUGUCAAACGUCUCAGGGAGGUGGUGGCAGCUGCCGACAUCGUCAUCUCCCACAUUGACCAGACAGCCCUGGCUGUUUACCUCACCAUGAAGACAGACCCUCGGCCCGAUGCCGUGUCUAUCAAGACUGACAUGGAGAAGCAGAAGUCGUCUCUGCUGGACGCUCUGUGUAGAAAGGGCUGCGCGCUGGCUGACCAGAUCCUGCUGCCCCCCGCGCUGCAGGAAGGUGCCGGUGCCCUCACCACGGAACAAACAACAACAGCAGCAACAGCAGUAGUAGAGGAGGAGGGUGGGGUGCAGGUGGCAAGCAGUUCUGACGACGCCGUGCAGAACGUGGCUAAAGCUCUGACAGAUACGUUUUGGGAGGUGCAGAAGUGGGCAGAGCUAACUGACUCCAAGGUGUUGAUGUUUUCAUAUAAACAUGCUCUUGUGAACAAGAUGUACAGCCGGGCCUUAAAAUACGCCUCAAAGAUGGUGGAGGAGAAGCCCAGCAAAGAGAACAUGAAGAACUGCAUCCAGCUAAUGCGACAUCUACGAUGGACACACUGCGCGACCUACAGUGAGAACUGGCUUCCUGUCAUGUACCCAACUGACUACACGCCUUUCUAGGCACACAGACACACAUCCACACCCACACAUGCAUGCGCACCACGGCCAUUCACGGUCCAUUACAUGGUUAGUUCGAUAUUGUGUCCCUCAGGGUCACAUGGUCUAUGCAUCUGACCAACCAGCUGCCUCCUGAGAAUUUCCUUAUUUUAAAUUGAGAUGUAGGUAAACACCAAAAUGAAGGACAACGGUCUGAUACACUCCACAUCAUGAGACAGUGGAGUCAUGUGCUGAACAUCACAGCUCUGUCGACCACGUAGAGAUAAUGCCUCUUGUUUGAAUAUCAACAGAGAAAACUUUUGCUAGGCUUUGUGUUACUGUAGCUCAGUGUUAUCUUAGCCGGAUGUUCUCUUUUAUUUUGCUGUUAUCUACAUGUGGAGGCUUUCAAUACACCCACACUCCCCCUCAGCUGUUGGGGCUCCAUAUCAAUAACCUCAUUCUCUCAUGUAAAUACUGUGGAAGGGCCAGUGUGGACUCCAGGGAUUCGUCCCAACUCUUCAAAAAACUUUAGUCACUUUCAUAAAAACAACAGAAUGAUGCGUCAGUGGGAAGUCGGGAGGACUCGCUGCUGCACACGUCGGGACAUUUGAGGGCACGCAGUCUGCCCGAGCCUGGAAUCAAAAGGAAGAAAGAACUUAAUGUUGUCUCUUUGUUUUUGAUGGUUCCUGGAUGGCCGGGUUUAUACAGUUAACGUUGAAUCUUGUCUGUCUUAAGACUUGGUUACAGUCUCAACACACAACAGUGCUGAGGUGCCUUUCUACACGUACCUUACCUUCUCUGAUGGGACAAAAGAGGAAGUGCAAGGGUUUUGACCACUGACAGCUGCGGAAUCAGCCAUGCAGUCAGCACUCAGCCACUUGCCGUCAUUUCUCCCAUCAGCCUUUGGUGUCAAUAUGGUUUUACGCUUGUAUCAGCAGUGUGAUGUGUCCAGGCACCGUAUGCAGGUUGUUGGUGACAUGUCAGGAACUUACAUGCUGUCUUGGCUUCUACCUCUAGAGGUGUUGUUCACCCACUUCACACUGCGGUUACCCGAACGCCACAUUUGACAACCAUCACACAGACCUCACUAACACAAGCGAUGCAGUCGGAGGAAGCAGUAGGAUGAUCACAUCAGAUUUCAUUGUAAAAUGCUCAUGUAGUAGUCCAGUUUUUUCUCUGCUGCAUUUAAAAUGUUGCAUUUGUACACAAUGUCAUAAAAUGUACAGACACACGUAACAUAAAAAUAUUAAGAUGCAAUAGGUAUAUAAUACAAAUAUUAUUCUAAUCGAUGUAUUUUGCAUAUAUGCAUGUCUUCUAGGAUGUACGGAAAAAUAGUUUUAUUUGGCAGAUUUUUAGUCAGAAACCAGAUUUUGACAAUAUCCACUUUCUUAGUGUGUGUUUGUGAAUGAUUUUAUGUGAACCUGUGAGCAUAUUUUGUGUACAUGAACAGAAACGACAGCCAUUUAGAGGGGGGGUUAAUCUGAGGUCUAUUUUAUUUUUUCUUCAAUCACGUAAUUUACUUUGAAGGACCAAGCCAGUGGCUUUGUAUGUUCUGAUCUGAUUUAUUAUGAAUCACAUCACAGUGAGCCAUUGUGCUUAUUGAUGAUUUUUAUGAUUUUUUUUGGUUUAUAUUCAUUUCUUUCCAUCAUGAACAUUGAGUCUGAAUUCAUUCAAAUUUCUCCGUCAUCUUUUUACAAUGAGCGAUGGCGUCCAACAUUAAAUUGCAACCCUUUUCGUUGUUUCAUCAAGCAACUAAUUGUCUGAGCUCCUCUCACUGGUUCGUGCACCAAUCAGAUUUUAGCAAUAUGUGAAUCAGCUGACAGUUCUGGUGAAAGAGAUUAGAUGAUCUUUUCGACUUGAAUUAGUCUUUGUUGUGAAUAUAAGAGUUUCAGUUUGUCGUGGGGUAGAUUACGCAAAAUGAGUGCGCCGCCAGUUUUCCAUUGCUUUCGUGUGACAUUAUUGGACUCACCAUGCACAGUUUUUUUAAAUGUUUAAGUUAAUACAGGCGAAUCAGAGUUUUCUAUGGGUUAGGCACCUACAUUACCCACAAUGCUGACAGCUCGGUCAGUGAUUGAGAUGUGUAAUGCUAGUAGCAUGCAUACUGUAUGUUGCAUGGAGCUUCUAACCUCAAGUGGACACGAGGAACAAGCUGCAGAGCUCGAUUAUUUUAAUAAGCUCAAUGUUUUUCCCUCAUAUUUUUCUCAUUUUCAACUUCAUCGUUUUCAGACAUUUCAGUUUCCUCUGAAGCUUCAUCUUACUUGUGUCAUAGCGGCUACUACCCGAGAACCGAGAACAGACUUUAAAGGUUCAGUGUGUAGAAUUUAGUGACAUCUAGAGGUAAAGCUGCAUGUUGCAGCUGAAUACUCCUCAUCUCACCCUCCCCUUCCCAACAUGAAAGAGAACCUGUGGUGAACUUCAGUUGUCAUGAAAACUUAUAUAUCAGGUUUGAGUUUGUCCAGUUUGGACGACAGUAAAAAAACUAACGGCCCCCCCCUCAAUGUAAAUAUAAAGUUUUUAGAUAAUAAGAGUCAAUUCUAUGGUAAACAUAACCAACCAGUGAAACACACCAGUGAAAACAUUACUAGGAUUAUUUUAUAUUCAAUUAUUUCCAAAAAUCCCUUUCACCUAAAUCUUACACACUGCAUCUUUCAGUUGGGAAUGAGCGGAGUUCCCCUUUGAGCAAGUGUGAAACCCACUAAGUAUCAUAAUGUCAUAUGGAAAUGAAUGGAUGGAAUAACUUCAAACAAUUCAUGCAUUUGAAAAUUGUCAACAUUAAUGUCAAGUGAACGUGAAUUUUAGCUGAGGGGCUAAAACAUGUAAAAUCCCUGCUAUGGUCCUUUUGAAUUUUUUACGUAACCAACAAGGACUCGUGGCUCUUGCUAAAAAUGCUAAAGAUAUGAACUAACACGUUCAGUUGUUUCUUGUUUAUAUUUGUGAUUGUUGACCCCUUUUUCACUGUGAUUUCCUGCCACACGCUGUAGUAUAGUUAAUCCAAAGAAGGAUUUUCCCAUGUAAAUUAUGAAGGCAAAAAAAUUUUUGCAGUUAAACUAAAGAUGGUAAAUUGGACAUUUUAAAAUUUUGAAGAAGGAAAUAAGGAUACACAGUAAUGUUUUAACUUCGUGGGGUCGUCUGCGUGAUGUUUUCUGUCCUCUCACAAGUGGAAGGUACAAGCUUAAGAAUGUAAAAGCAGCUGCUUUCAAUCUGAGGCCUUUAGUCCUCAUGGGAAUAAUCAGUCUUUUCUGGGAUGACAAAUACAUGCGCAGCAAAUCAGUGGUCAUGACUCAAGUUGACCCAGGGGUAGCAACACUUUGCGUUUCUGUUUUUAGCUGUGUCUUGUUUUCACUUUCUGCAGCAGCCUCAGCACAGGCCUCUCUGAGUGCACAUGGACUUUACAGGAGCUAUGUGGUUUUGCUUUUUAAAAAAAAUGUGUGUCGAUCAUUUUCUUUCUGUUCUAUCCUGCAUCUGCAUUGUUUUUUUUCACCUUUUCUUCCUCCUGUGUUCGGGUUUUGGCUCGGACAGACGUCAUGUUCAGGGCUCAGCAGUCGACAGUACGCGGUGCCAAUGACAGUCUCUCAGAGAACGGCCUUAACUUUCACCGCAGGACUGAACCGUCCAGUUCUGGCACCAGACAGUCGUCUCAUAUCUGUUGUUCCGCACUCUGCUGGUGUUAGGAACAAUUUAUAACUUCUGGAUGUCGAGUGUUUAUAUUUAUAGUCAUGAAAUAUAGUAAAUGCCAAUGUUUUACUGAAUGUUGAUGAGAUGAGGUUGAAUGCUGUCAGUAUUAUUUUAUACCCAUUCUUCCUCCAUGACAUGUGGGAAAGACCUGAGCUACUGUUGCAACAUUUUGUGCUCACAUGGAAUUCAAGUCACAAACAAGGAAAAUGACACUGAAUAAAAAUGAUUUGGAAGAAUCA